GCGGACGGUCUCGGCUCCUGUUGCUGGAUCAUGACGAAAGAUCUCUCGAUUUGGGUGCUGAGUGUCCUGUCAUGUCAUGCAUGCGGUUACAGGUACAUAAAAGGCCUAUCCAGGUCCACGUCGCAGUGGCAUUAAACCAUCAAUACAUAAAUCCUCAUUAUAAAACGAUAUCAACGCAAAUAUGACUGACAGUGUGGUUCAGCUCAAAUGCGGUGUCAAGCACGACCCAUGGGGAAAGCAAGGGAAGGAGUCUCUCGCCGGCCAGCUCUGGGCCAAGACGGCCGGGACAACGGGGAUGUCUGACAACGAGACGUACUCUGAGAUGUGGAUGGGUACAUAUCCCACCGUCCCUUCACGACUGCUUCGGACUGGAGAAACACUGGAAAACUAUCUUAAGCGCAAGCCCGAGCUCAUCGGCCAGUCAGUGAAAGAAAAAUUCGCAGACAAUAUUCCGUUCUUACCUAAGAUCCUCUCCUUCGCGAAAGCCCUCCCGCUUCAAGUCCACCCGGACAAGCGCGUAGCGGAGAGCCUGAACCUCAAAGACCCGGAACAGUUCGGCGACGCAAACCACAAGCCCGAGAUCGCCGUUGCCCUGUCUGAGUUCGAGCUCUUUGCGGGCUUCAAGCCACUAAGCGACAUCGGGGCCCUGAUGAAGCUCAAGCCGCUCGAACAGUUCGUCCCGGCGAAUACUGAACUUGACGACGAACUGCUUCGCCAGAUUUGCAAAAAGUUCCUGCAGUUGCCGCCCGAGAGCGUCAAGGAUAUUGUCACCCAGCUCUCAAAAUUGCCAAAGAGUGAGUUUGGCGCAAAGCAUGAGUAUGUGCCGGCUCUGCUGGAGCGCGUGAGCCAGCAGUACUCGGAGUCGGAUAACGGUGCUCUCGUUGCUGUACUGCUGAUGAACUACAUGGUACUCCAGCCGGGCGAGGCCGUCUGUGUCCCAGCCGACAGUAUCCACGCCUACCUGAAGGGUGAUAUUCUCGAGUGCAUGGCGCGGUCGGACAACGUCCUCGCGACGGGUUUCUGCCCGCAAGCUGACAGGAACAACGUCGACCUUUUCGCGAAAAUACUCUCGUUCAAACCGCACAGUAUGGAGCAGGCACAGCUAGAUAGGAAGAAGAGUGAACGGGGCGAAAGGCAGAAGACGUAUGAAUACGCGCCGCCAUUCUCAGAGUUCAACGUCCUCGCGACUAUUCUGGGCGCUGGUGAGGAGGAACGACAUAGGGCUAUUGGCGGGCCAAGUAUAAUCAUCGUUACUAAGGGGUCUGCUGAGCUGGUUGUCGAGAAAGAGACGAAAUUGGAGGCCCAUGAGGGGUCAGUAUGGUUUGUUGGUGCCGGUGUACCGCUGGAUAUUCUGUCCAAGGAGGGGGCGGAGCUGUAUAGGGCCUAUGCGGAGUAACGGCCACAACACUGCAAAGGACGGUUAUGAGGUGAUUUGAUGGAUAAUUUGCAUGUACAGACUACAGAAUACGAGAGUACAAGAUUGAUUGCAGGAUGUCUACGUACAUCGGCCGAAAUACUGUAGCUCGAUCCUGUUCCAACAGCGCUAAAUCGAAACAAGCUAAUUAUCCCA